GUCAUGAUUCACAGUCAUGUGAAGCAUUUCAUUCGACGAAAGGCUAUUCGAAAUUCUUGGGGUAAUACUAGUACGAUACCAUUUCCUAUUGGUAGGAUGCAAAAAUCCAGUUGGAGAGUUUUAUUUAUUCUUGGACUCUCUUUUAAUGCGACUGAAGAUCAAUUAGUUCGGCAAGAAGCCAAACGUCAUGGUGAUAUGAUCUUACUCGACAUCUAUGAAGAACGAGAAUCGACCACAUUAAAGACACUCUUAGCCAUGUACUGGUUCUUUGUUCAAUGCCCUUCGACCACAUUCUAUUUAAAAUGUCAAGAUGACGUCUUUAUCAAUCCUUACAGCUUAAUCAGGUAUAUCAUCUAUUUAACAACUGGUAAAAUGACUCGCGGCGUCUAUGCCGGCCAGGUGUCACCAAGUGGUUUAACACCCCGUACCGAUCACGGUGAAACGCUAGCUGUUUUAGCCAAGGAAUAUCCAGAUGUCUAUAUACCGGAUUAUUGUUUAGGAUUUGCCUAUCUUAUGAGUAGGGAUGUUGUGUCUACACUACUUCAAACUGUCGAGCACGUUCAAAUGAUUACAACUGCUGAUGAUAUUUAUAUUGGUGUACUAGCAUUCAAAGCGAAUAUACGUCCACGACAC